GGAUCUGCGUGAACCAGCCGACGAGCGAACUCGCGAGCGAGACGCGUACGUCGCGAGUCUCCGCGACGGUCUCGCCCGAGAGGGAACCUCCGGACGCGCCUCUGUUACCGCCGAAGCCGUUGCCGAGGAAGGAUGUUAAGGCCAGACGGAAGAGGCCACCCCCGCCACCGCCACCGCCGACCAUAGCACCGCGAAGAGAGGCCAAGCCCUCGGCCGAGUCGAAUCAGGCGACGGAGGGAGAAAACGGGGAUCUUUCGCAGGCCGAAAACGCCGAGUACGUUCAACCGGGGUCGUGUAACUCGUCUUCGCCGAGCAGAAAUAACGUUCAUGACGAGAAAUAUCAAGGGAACGUGGAAAGUACAUGCGAGAACUUCGAAGCCGCGGUGAAGAGCGUCGAUAGCGAGACAGGUGUCGCAGCCUCGGGAGAAGACACGCAAACGAACAAGGUUUUCGAAAUUAUCGAGAUCAGAAUAGCCAAAGGUCUGCAGUCCAGCCAGAAGGAGGAAGUCGCGAAGGACGAAUCGGGCAGCGCGUCCGAAGCGGUGAACACUUGCGAACGAACGACCGCCGCGGAGCAAAGCGAAGUUAAAGACGAGGUAAUUGGCAAACAAGAGCAGUCUGCGAGUGAUUCGAGCAGAAUUCCGACGGAGCGUCAAAAUUCGAAUGUAGAAGCGGGUGAAAAACGUACCGACGAGAACGACGAGAAAGAAAAAUACGUCGACCCCGAAAGAAACUACGGGGAGAAAACUAGAGCGAAUACCCGAGAUAUUUUUAAAGAAGGAUUUCCAUCCGGCGGAGAGGUCGAUAACCCGGUGCUGCGGGAGAACGAGGACGACGAAACCUACCAAUCGCUGGACGAGGUGAAUGACGACAUGAGAACUCCGGAGGUGAAUCGAAUGCUGGAGGAUGAGGAGAUUAUGGACGAGGAGGAAGACACAACCGACGAGAGCGAGGAUGGCGAUUAUUAUUGGCAGAGCAAUCUGGCUACCAUCGGCGAGGAGGAGGAAACCAACUCUUUGGAAUAUGUGAACGCCAACACGGACGCGGAUGAUUCCAGUGAGUCGCCGGUGGUGCCGGAAGAGUCGCCUCUUACAAUCAAGAAAGAAACAUUCGUUAAAACCGCGCGAGAUGACGAAGCAGACCGCGUGAGCAAGAUCGCAGAAUACACGGCAGAGGAAAACAAGAACCCGAACAAAGACACGGUAAAUGGUAAGAUGGAGAACUGCGGAGGCGGCCAGCGCCUGCCCCCGGACGGGGACGAAUUUCCAGCGGCGUACCAAGAGUUCAGCGGCGGCAGCCAGCCUUACAGAUACAUCGCCGCGACGGCAAGGACAGCGACGAUAACCGCGAAUGGCGGAUUGUGCAACGAGAACGAGCCGUUCCGUGGUAGCGAGACUUUUAAGAUGCUCGCGAACGACAGCAACGUUGUCGGUUCGAGGAGCAUCAUCCUGUCCGAUAGUAAAAUGACGCUGACGACGAGCGCGGAAAACGUGAGACAGGACAUCAACAAAGUCGCUUUGGCAAAUAUGGAGAACGCUCGCUCGGAGAGCAAGACCACCGCUGCGGCCAGCGUGGAUAAUGUGUGUCAGGACACGAAGUCCGAGAUGCCUAACGAAGAGAGGAAUUCGACUUAUCAGGCCUCGGAAGAUACGGCGAGGAAAAAUUCCGCCACCGUCGCGGCGAGUUCCCCGUAUUGUCAAACGAAUAAUAGCAAUCUACUGAUGAGCGAGAAGAAGAUGGAGAUUGCCGCUUAUUAUCACAAGGACGUCGCGGCGAUCGAAGAGGUGCCAAGCCAUGUGGAAAAGGACACGCCUGUUGAUUCUCCGCCGCCUUUGCCAUUAACCGGUCCGCCGAAAAUGGAGCAAACAGUUGUACACGCCAGAAACGUUCCUACGAUGGAAUCGCCGCAGAGGAAGUUCUCUCUGAACGGCGAUCUCUGGAGACAGGACGACAAGUCCGAGCGGUCCGUCAGAGAUAAAAUCGCCAUGUUUUCGUCACAGAGCAGCCUGGACGCGCCUUUGUUCCCCAACGCCAUGGCGGCGGCGGCGGUAACGAGCAACGGCAAACGCCUCUCCAAGUACAAGUCCUCCGAGGACGUUUGCUGCGACGAUAAGAGCAACGGACAAAAGGACCGGUCGUCGUUCUUCGCCGACAGGACGCAGAGCUCCUUCGAUCUCACCGAUUCGGCCAGAACUUCCAGCAUGCAAGAUUCAACGAGAAAAUAUAGUCAGCGAGCGCCGAGCUUGCCCCAAACCGCUCAGCCUGCUCUCUCGAGCCCGACAACGUCGACUACGCGUGUCCCGAAGACGCUACCGGUUGUUCCGCCGAAAAACACGUCGCUGUCCAAUCCAUUGGCGCCUUCGUACGACAAGCAGACCUUCUCGAACGCGACGACGAAGAAUUACUGCACGAUCGCCUCCGAGAGCAGCGGCAACUUACAGCCGAACAUCGCGUAUCCGAAUGUCAAUAAAGCUGUGGGCCCUUGCAACAAUUCCAACAGCUUAUCCAAGACACCGAGCACGUCCUCGUUGAUGCGCGCUACGAGUUUCUCAGGCUCGACGCCUUUCGUGCAAGAUCGGAGCGCUUUGACAGCUGAGUCAAUCAAUAACUCACAAAUCGCAAGAACGAAUUCGCUGGCAUCCACGUUUAGGCGGCCCGGGGAAGACGCGCGAAGAAGCAGCCUGAAUCAAUUGAUCGAACAGAGGCGGCGAUCGAUAUCGAAACUACGCGGCCUGGUCAUACCGGAGAAGGAUCCUGUCCCGAUCGAUCAGCCCAUCGUCGACCUGCCGGAAAUUAAAUCACGAGACUCGAUAUUGCUACAUCAGAUGCCAAAGGCGAACAUUCAGGACAAAUGGGGCUCUCAAAGUUCCAUAGCCAGCAACGCCAGCACGGCGAGCGCGCCUUUAAAAGCGACGACGUCCUUCAAGAUGCCGGCGCCUCAGAUACACUCGAAGUACUCCCCGGCCUUCAAGAGAAAAUCCCUGACGGUUUACGGCACGUCCUUAACGACGAGUUCCUCGAUAAACGGCAGCCCGAUCAAGGGCAAUCCUCAACAGAGCGCGACGCCGGCGUUCUCGGAGCCGCCGAAAAGCCUGGAGAGCAUUUGCAGUCCGACGAGGAGCGACUACAGCUUCGAGUUCGCCUCGGCGACCAGCUCGCCGGACGGCACGCGCACCAGGCCGAAGACGAUGCAACGGAGGGCUCGCUUGGAUUACGACGAUUCCGACAACGAUUCCGCCGUGAGCAGCUCUCAGAGCAGCAUAUCUCGCGGCUUCAGCCCGCCGAUGUCCCCGGUGCCGUCCGAGAGAUCCACCAUCUCCUCGGAGAGGUCCUACGUGUCGACGGAACUCAGCUACCAACGUCGACCUUUGAUCGCGGACAACGUGAGCAGAGCCUCGGCGCGGGACGUCCGAGACUCGGCGAGCGUCGACAAGGACCAAUUCGGCGGUAGGAUCGGCGUUCUCGGCGAACGUACGUACCUCACGGAGAGAUCGUCGUCCAGCAGCAGCGGCUCGAACCCGCGAUCACCGCAGCCGAACGAGCUCGCGAGCUCGAGGAACUCGCAGAUCCCGCAGAGGCAGCUGAGGCGGUCGAACAGCACCGACACGAACUGCAGCACGUCCUCGACACUCACAUCCGGCUCCCAGGCCAGUGCCGAGUCGUUGUCCAGGCGGGUGCUCAAGCCGCAGAGCGUGGAGGCGAUCAAUCGCAAGAACAUCCUGGCGAGCGCCCGAUGCCGGAGCGGCAGGGAUCUGAAUGGCUCGCCGCUGAUUCAACGGAAGUUCUCCGACGACGAAGAUGCUGCGAGAGCCGUCGAAAACGGCGGUGCUGUUCACCCGAGGGUCAACGAUCCCGGGAACGAGGCCGUGAGCAAACAGGACGUCAAGAUAGCCUACAUCGAAGUCGCGGAUCCCUUCGCGGAGGACGAGGGCUCGUUGUUUCAGAAGAAGCUCGAGGAGCCGAAGCUGCCGCCCAAAAGAAGCGUACCCCCGCCCGCCAUCAGACCGCCGAAAUCCGAGAUGCUGGAGGCGUCGAACGAUAUGAAAAUGUGGGUGCGCGCGGAGGCGAAGACCCUGGCGCGCUCCGCGGAAGAGAAGUCGAGGAAGUACGACAAAACGCCGCCCGUCGCGCCUCAAAACCUGGACGCGUCGCCUGUGAUUCACACGACGAAGAGCAGCCGUGGCUCGAUGUUCAACGAGGCCGUUAACGCGGCUCCCCUCGGCGGUUUGUCCUCGAAGAACAGAACCACGAUGGAGGAAACGAAGAUCGCCGCAGCGGAGACGGCGAAGCAACAGUGUAGGGCGAGCUUGGCUUCUAGAAAGGGCGCCGAGGAUCAGAACGACCUCCUGACGAUCUUAACGACGAAGAGCAGAUCCAGAUCGGCGAUACACGUCGACGAGGGGACCUUCGGCAGGUCGAGGAGCCAGAUGAGCCUGGAGGACAUACUGGGCGCCAAAGCGGACCCGAAGAUGCUCCGCGCGCCGAGCAUGGAUCCGAAGAUCGAGAAGAACGGCGCGAUGUUGAGCCCGCAAGCGAAGUCUAACUGGGAGCCGAGGGAAAGUCGAUACGGUAGACGAGGCUCCGCCGCCUCGAACGAUUCUUGGUCGGAGGAACGGCCUUUCGUCUCGAAGAUACCCACUUUAGGAAGAGUCAGGCCGGUCGACAGCGGCGACGAGAUGUCGGAGACCAUAGAGAGGACAAAGAGCGCGAUGUCGAAGAUCCCGACGUCCCGCGGGCUGAAUCGACGCAGCGCCAGCGUCACCGACAUGAAGAAGGCUCUGGAGAAGAUCGACGCGGCGAGCUCUCACCACAGCCAAACGCAGCAGCACUCCGGCGCUCACAAUCGCUUUCCGAGUCUGGACAGUAGCGUGGACGAGAACGUGGGGGGUGCGGUCGGCACGGACACCGACAGGUGCUACGGCGAACAGUUCGGCAGUAUCAGCUCGUUGGCUAGCAGUACCAGCCUGAUCUCGCAGCAGGAAUUGGCGCAGCUGGUGGAGGAAGCGAGUCUGGAGGAGGCGCGCGGCGCCCACGACGUCGUGGUUGUUCUCCUUCACAAGGAGAAUCCCACCGGCAGCGUCGGCAUCACCCUGGCCGGCGGCGCGGAUUGCGAGGUGAAGGAGAUCACGGUGCAUCGAGUGCUGACGCACUCGAUCGCGGAUAAGGACGGCCGGAUGCAGAGAGGCGACAGGAUCCUCAGUAUAAACGGCAGGAGCACGCGGGGCCUCACACACAGGGAGAGCAUGGCGGUGCUGAAGCAGCCGAGGUCGGAGGUCGUCCUGGUCGUUUCGAGGGCCAGGAUGGAGGAGGGCUGCAAGCUGAGAUCGCGAACCGCGAGCGUCGAGACCAUUGUCGAAGGGUUGGAGACGAAUGGGAGCGUCGAGGACACCGCGUGGGGACCACCCUCGACCGUGGCGGUCUACAAGGACGGAGCUGGUCUGGGAUUCAGUCUGGAAGGCGGCAGGGACAGCCCCCUCGGGGAUAGACCUCUCAUCAUCAAGAAGAUAUUCACCGGAGGUGCCGCUGAGAAAACAGGCGCAUUGAGAGCCGGGGACCAACUGCUCGAAGUGAACGGCAACGACGUGACGCGAAUGUCGAGGAUAGAAGCGUGGUCCUUGAUGAAAAAGCUACACGACGGUGAAGUGAAUCUCCUAGUCAGGCAUCCUGCCACCAAGUCCUCGUGAGACGGAAGUAAUUCCCCAUUCGGACUGCGACGGUGCGAACAGAGUGCAGGAAUGUGCCAAGCAAGUGACUGCAUAAUUUCUCGGCCGAUAUUCGUUAAAAUAGGUAUAAUGGUCGAUAACGUGCGUCAAUUUGUUAUCCGAGAAAUAUCAAAUUCGAUAUUAGCGAGAGAAGCUGUUCUUUGUCGGGUUUGAAUCGUAACGUUAUAGGAGCUCGUUUUCACGUCUAAACGCGUGAGAAACAGGGAGAAUUUGUAAAUCAGUUACGGACUUGCAUAUCUUAUACAUGUUAUAAGAUAUCGCUUUGUAGUCAAAAUUGCGAGGACCAAUAUCGCUAAUUUAUGAAACAACAUUUUCAAAGUGCCCGAGAACUACGAAUUAAAUAGCUAUCGUAUAUAUCCGUUGCUCUGAUAGUUACAUGAUGUAAUCUAUCAUAUUUCAGUUUGAUGGACGAACUCAUAAUUAAGCAGAAAGUAAAAAAAAUGUGCACGACGCAAGUUUAUAAUUUGCUAAUUUAUUUUGCCUUCUGAUCGGGCGCCUUGUAGGUGUUAAACUUUUAGCAGAUAUUAUCUUGUACGUAAUUAGUAGUAAAUUAGAGUAUCGUGCGUGUAAAUUUGCGGUGCAAUGCAAUGGUUUCGUGCAAUUGGCUUAUUAUUAGAGAUACGGAGAACACGUGACAGUGAAAGCAGAUCUAAAGAAGACGCGAAUCUCGAUUUUAAUUAACAAAUUCCAAGCGCUGUUGUAAACCGCGAUGAUACGCAAUGAUUAGACGCCGAAUAAUGAACGAUUUGUUACACACGUUAUAUAAUCACGAGCAUUUCACUGAGAUGCAACCACGAUGCAGCGUAUCGAUUAGUAUUUUAACAACGAGAUAUGCGCAUGAAAAUUUGAUGUAUGCCAUACGCAAUGAACCGUAACGUUACUGAAAUGAAGUAAAUAGGCAUGUCAAUUAAUCGUUUAGAAGCAACGUCGAUACGUCGUUCGUACGACAUUAAUUACAUAGUGCCGGCCGUGCAGUAAUAGUUCGAAUUAAGUUUGCGAUACAAGCAAGUAGCACUGAGUAUAUAAUUAAAAUACAAGCCCGAUUGUACGAAUCCCUUAGUAGAUCGCUUACUUCUCCGAUCGACUUUACCGUGUAGCCACCCUAUUGCUUUAUUAUAGUGGUUCCUGUUGAUUUACUCUUUAAGAUACGAACGAGAUAGAGAAUAUAUUUCGCAUAAGAUCGCAGUGAUGCGCCAUGUAGCGUCGAGUAACACGAGGGUACAUUAUUUCAGUUCUCUGAACAUUAACGCAAAUAAGAUCAUACGAGUAAGUUUUCCUACAAAGGCACUUUUUUUUGCUGCCCGGUCACAGUUAUUAGUGGUAAUUACUUAUUUCUUGUGUUAUCGUAGCGAGAUAAUAUCGUUAAUCGCUAUUAAAAUUGAUAUAAUUAGAUCGAUUCUUUAUGAUUCUCUUAAGUUCAGCAGUUUUAGUUAAAAGCGAUACAAAAAAUCAAGUGUCUUGGCGAAACUGUCGGUCUGUUCUUUAAAGCUGCACUGCUAAACUAGUGCGAUAAGUUGAAGUGAGACAAGUAUAUGUUUUCUCAUUUCAACUUGUUGCAUCAGUUCAGCAGUGCAGCUAUAAAGAACAGACCAUUUGUAUACUCGCGAAUAGAAAAGUUGUGAUUCUUUUUCAACACUCCUAAAAUAAGAAGUGUGGCCACGAAUAUGUCCACAGCAAUACAUAUAAUCGAAGAACUUAUUUCUAAAUCGUCUUACGUGCAUAUUUUUAUAUGAAAUAAAAAUAACGUGUUAUAAAAUUGUGAGAAACUAUUGUUAGAUACAUAAUAAUAAUAAUAAUAAACAAUAGAUAUAUAUAAAAUUUCCAUUUAUCUAACAUGUGGAUUUAAGGCCAUUUUGAAAUAAAUUCUUCAAUUAUACGAGGAUAUUUCAUCAGACGUUAUAUGUGCCUUAGCAUUAUAAUAAAAAUUAAUUAUACGACUUCCAACUUUAUGCAUAAGGAAAAUUGUUGAAAACCUUACUGAAUGAAUGUUAGGACAUGUAUGACAUCUGAUAUAUGCCUUUGAAUAUGGAAUAUUUUAUUCUGAGUAUGCGCAUUGAUCACGACAUUAGUCGCUUCCGUAUGCGUAAUAUGGAUAUAACAGAACGGAAUAUAUAUAUAUAUAUAUAUGUAUAUGUAUGUAAUAAGAGUACCUUGGACGAGGACUUCACAAAGACUUACCGCGUAAAUAGGAAAAAACGGCUGAUGAUUAUAUUAAAGAAGGUCUCUGUCGAAGGACUCUCUGAUAACCUUCCCGGCUCGUCUCGUUGCUAAAAAGAAAGAGAAAGUUACUUCCUGCCAUUGUGCAUAGCCUCUUUCGUCAUAUUUCUGAUUACUAUGCAUAUUUAUUUCGAUAGGAAAUUCAGAGCCUAGUAUAUGUCGAAUCGAUAAGGGGAAAAGGGUACUUCGCGUUGAACCGCGCGGAAAAUACGCUAUUACUCGCGUCGGUUACAUUUUCAUCUCACAUUGACAUCUAUCGAACUCUAUCUAACAUUCAUACAAGCAUGUAUUUCGAUUACAGAAUUUAUCUCUC